AUGUUAAAUAAUAGUAUUGGUGCACCAACACCAAAAUUAGUUUCAUCGGAGACAACAAAAACAUCCGUAUCAGGAACAAAUUUAAUAAUACCCGAAUGGGUACAUUGUGAAAUAUGUAAACGACGUGAACAAAAUGGUCCAAAUAAUACUCGCUUACCACUUGGUUAUUGUCAUCCAUGUGGUCAUAUUAUCUGUCGAGAUUGUGCUGUACAUAAUAUGAAUAGCCAUAAUUUACAUGUAACUGAAGCACAAGUACGUGAACAAGUUUAUAAACUUUAUUCGAAUAUGUAUAAACAAUUAUUUGAUGUAUUUGAUUAUCAAGAUGCAAAAUGGAAUCAAUUAAUAAUGCAUAGAAUUGAAUAUUUAAGACAAAUGAAUAAAAUAAAAAAAGGAAUGAUGGAAUUAGAAGAAACUAAACGUAUAAAUAAAGAAUUAUUAAAAAUUUUUCAAGGACAAGAACAAUUGUCUCAUCAAAAUCAUGAACGACAUCAACAAACUAUUCGACAAUAUCAAUCAACUAUUUCACCAGCACGACCAUCAUCAGUAGCUUCAUCAACAUCAUUAAAUUUUGGACCUCAGCAACGACAACAGACAAAUCAUAAUUCUUCAUCAAUCAUAAAACCAAUGGUUAUAGGAACAUCACCAAAUCCACAACAUCAUCAUGUACCUCCACCUGAACCUGAUAAAUUAAUGACAUAUGAACAAGCAAUGAUAUAUGCACAUCCAGCAUUAAAAGAUGCUUUACGUUUAGCUCAUCGACGUAAAAUGUCGUCAAAAAAUAGUGGAACUAUUACUCCAAAAUAG